AUGGCCAGCUCGAUCCCGGUGAAAUCCGAGUUGUAUGCUGCAUUGGCAGCGAAGUUCGCUAGUAGGUCAGCAGGGGCUGUUAAAAAGCGCUUGAUUAAAAUGCAAUGGUCCGGUAUUUCCAAAUAUAAGACUGGAAAUGGUGCGAAGAGGCGACCUAAACCGCUUCCGAAGAUUCCGGAAUGUGCUUGGUCAUCUGACAAGGAGUGGACACGACCGAACCCCUGCCGGCGGCCUAUUUGGUCUUCGGGGGAUGAGAAAGAGUGCCCUCCUUCGGACGUGAACACUUGCAUUAUGGAUGAUGAGGGAGUGGUGGACGGCCGAUCUGUGGAUGACUCUGACUGCGCUGACUGGCGAAAUUCCUAG